AUGGCGUUCUCUUCAUCCCCGAACCCUCCACCUGCCUCUUCAUCUUCUUCGAGUGCAGUUACUCCUGGAGAGAAGAGCGUGUCCGCACAUGCAGUUGCCGCUGUCCAGGCUGCCGUAGCUACAGCUGCUGCGUCACGAGCAGGAGGGACACUGACGCCGCAUUCUGCCUCGCUGUUGAACUGUUCUCCUUCUCCUCCUUCCUCAUCGAACUUUUCUCCCGCGCCUCCUCCCUCAUCGAACUUUUCUCCCGCGCCUCCUCCCUCAUCGAACUUUUCUCCCGCGCCUCCUCCCUCAUCGAACUUUUCUCCCGCGCCUCCUCCCUCAUCGAACUUUUCUCCCGCGCCUCCUCCCUCAUCGAACUUUUCUCCCGCGCCUCCUUCUUCGUCGAACUUUUCUCCUUCUCCUUUUCCCUCAUCGAACUUUUCUCCUUCUCCUCCUCCCUCAUCGAACUUUUCUCCCGCGCCUCCUCCCUCGUCGAACUUUUCUCCCGCGCCUCCUCCCUCGUCGAACUUUUCUCCCGCGCCUCCUCCCUCGUCGAGCUUUUCUCCCGCACCUCCAUCGAACUUUUCUUCAGCGCCUCCUCGCGUUUCUAACUUUUCUUCGGGGCCUCUAUCUAGCUUUCCUCCAGCACCUGCCUUCUCUGCUCCGGCGCCUCAGCCUCCUGCUGCGUCUCGGCAGGAAACUGAAGACGAGGAGCCACAAGCAAGUGUGUUUGCGGCGGCGGCAGCUGCGCAGCGAGAGCGCGCAAAGGACGGAAGGCCUCUCGGAGGAAGCAGCGUCAGCAAUGCCGCAGCAGCUGUAGAUGCCCACGCGUCAAUUGCUGCGAUUGCGGCAGGCGCGUCGAUUUCCAGAAAUGCGGCGCGGGGGUUCUCGCGUCCCGAGGCCCCGUCAACGGUCUCGAGUGCGCCCCAAAUCGUUUCAGCCGCUGCUUCCACCAAGGGAGAAAAGUCGGGAUCGGCGACCAAUGCGAGACGCCCAGAGACUGCGGAAGUGAACGUGGAACCUGUGAACAGCACGGAUGAACUCGGACGGAAGGUCUGGGAUAAAGCGUACUAUCAAUCGCUCGCACAGGCCAAGGAGGAAGAAGACGAUUUCCUUUCGUAUCUCCCCCAGCCGAAACAGAAAAAGGUCGCGCCGCCAGUGGAGCACCGCAAGGCCUUGCAGAGAAGAGACUUUGCGAUUGAUCUGACCAAGGAGCUGGGAAAAACAAAGAUCGUCACACUUCAAACGCCUCGCAUGCAACAGGGAGGGUUUUGGUGCGACGUCUGCGAGUGCCUCAUCAAAGAUUCAGCAGCGUACAUGGAUCACAUCAACGGCCGGAAUCACAACAGGAUGCUGGGCAUGACAAUGCGCGUGGAGAGAGCGGCGCCGAGCAGCGUAGUCAGCAAGCUUAGAGAAAUGCAGAGGCAAUCGCAGCUGGAGCUGGGAGGCGACGACGAGGGCGAGGCGGGCUCUGGCCCCGGAGACGUGAAAGGCCAGCAGAGCUCCGACGCUCCGGGGGCGACUCAACGAGGGUCAGGCAGCCGUGCAGCUGCAGCAGGCGCGAGCGGUGCACCUGGAGUGAUUGAGGAAAACUACGACGAUAUCGACCGGAUCAAAAGACGACUCGAGGAGCUCCAGAAACAGGAGGAGGAGAGGAAGAUGCGGAAGAAGUUGAAGAAGAAAAAGAAGGCAGGCGCAAACGAGGAUGGGAAAAAGACCGGUGAUAAGGACGAGGAUACUGCAGGGGGCGCUGCUUCGGCGGCCGAAGGCGUUAAACACGAACCAGAGGAAGACGAAGAACAAAAAAUGCUCAAAGCCAUGGGCUUACCCUCGUCAUUUGUCGGCAGUUGA